AUGUUAGGGUAUAUGAGAUGUCCGUCCAAAGUCCAGACAAAUAGCUACCUCCAGAGAGUUUCCAUGGAGGUUGUGGACAAUGUUUACAAGAUGUUGGAAUAUUUUAGAAGUCCACCCGAAGACCAGAUAAAUGUAUACCCUGACAGAGUUGUGAUCUACGAGUGUGCGUUUCAAACGUUGAGGUUUAUUGAUACACCUGACGAGGACAUGCCCAUGUCUGAAACAACUAAAAGUUCACAUGUGUCUUUGAAUGGAAAUUUGUAUUGGAUUGCUUGCAAUCGCCAGACUCGUGAGUAUUUCAUCCAAAGCUCUGAUUUCUCGAGUGAGAUUUUCAAACCCGUCUGUCUCCUUUCGUUUCAAGAAAGCCCUUCUUGUGAUGAGCAUGUCCUCGCGGUUUUCAAAGGAGAUCGGUUUUCGUUGUUAAUGCAAAGCUAUUUGACAAGGAAGAUUGAGAUUUGGGUAACGAAGAGGAAGAUUGAUGAUACAGAGGAAAUGGUGUGGAUGAAGUUGAUGACUCUAACAGCAACUAACUUGCCAAAGUUGUUUAAUAAGCUUUAUGGUGUUAGUUACUUCAUCUAUGACAAGACACUAGUCAUGUGUUGUGGGGACGAUGAAAGUGGAAAGCCUUGCAUCUAUAUUGUGAAGGGAGAUACGUGCAAUAAGAUUCAUAUAGGUGCUGACCUAAACAGCCUUGCAUCUAGGAUCACUUGGUUUUCUCACUGUGCCUAUGUUCCAAAUUGGACCUCUGUUCCUUUAGAGUUUUAG